AGCUGCCACACAGAAUCAUGGAUUGGUUUGCACUUUGCCUCUUUCUGCUGUUAGGGUUGCUGCUUCCCUGCAAUGGUCAGACAACAGGUCCGGCUACCAACUUAACAGGCUGUGCAGGUCCACCAGAGCUGUGCUGUCCUGGUCAAAACAACAGCUGUCGUAGAAUGAGUUGUUACUGUGACCAGAGGUGUGUGACUAUCGGGGACUGCUGUGCUGACUACAACUCAACCUGCACACAACUUUUAAACCCUACACCCACAAGCAACAAUGUUUCAAGUACAGCAGUUAAAAUCACCACAACAACAGCACCCAGUACAACAUCUGCACUACUGAAUGUGAGCAGAACCUCAGCAUCCACUGCGUCUGCUUCUACAGCAACAAUCCAAACAAGCAGUACUACACCUACCACAACUUUACCAGCGUCCACUACUACAGCACCAAGCACAACAAACAGCACUACCAGCACUUUGCUAGCACCUGUCGGAACAAAUUCAGCAAGCACAGUGUCUGAUUCUACUGCAUCUAGUACAACAAGCAGCAGUGCAACAUCCACGCUAUCUAACGUGAGCACAACUACAGCAUCCACAGAGCCGCUCACUUCAGAAACGAGUCAAACAAGCAACAGUAGCACAUCUGCAGCAGCACAAAUGAGCACAUCACUGUCUAUAGCCUCAACGUCUACAACAAGCAGCACAACAAACAGCAGUACAACUACAGUGGCAGAUACACCCCCAACUUCAUCAUCUCUGAUCUCUUCUGCAACAUCUGCACUAUCUGACGUGAGCACAACUACAGCAUCCACAGAGCCGCUUACUUCAGAAACGAGUCAAACAAGCAACAGUAGCACAUCUGCAGCAGUAGAUGGAAGCACCACAUCUUCAUCAUCUGCAGCCUCUUCAACAACAUCACCCAGUACAAGAAGCAGCAGUAAUCCAUCAGAUGGGCAGGUUGAGAGCACAAUGUCAGCAUCCACCACUACAUCUACACCUUGGGAUGGCCUCAUAACGUCAGCCUCGGCAGCUACAGUCGAAACAACCCUGCUAGAAUCCACCACAACUCUGGAUACUAACAGUGUCAACAGAAACACACAUUCUACAGCCACCAGCAGCUCAGACAUAGAUAUCCAAACAAUUACUGUUCACCUAAAAGCCUCUCUAUUUUCCAACGAGGAUAAUAAAGACGCAAUUUUAGAGGCCUUAUCUGAUUUUUUGUCGCAGGCCUUUCUGCAGCAGAACUGUGAAGGCUGCACUCUGACCAUCAGGAACAUCAAACCCACUUAAAAAAUGACAUUUGUUUCAGCAAAUGGAGGCACAAGUAUGACCCCAGCUGUACUGUGGCAACAGGCUGCACAACCUUCAUUUGUUAAAUCUAAUACUGCUGCAGGCCAGGGCCUACUUCAAGCUUAGGCAAUGAAAGGACGUAAAAUCACCCUUUCAUUCAGUGCUAUGUGAUAAAAGUUAACCCUCUGGACCUCAACCUGUUUCUUUUUUGUUCCUGUCACAUUUUUGCUCACUGUGGGCUCAUUUUCACUGCAACAUAAUGUCCUGUGAAUCUAUGGAAACAUUACAACCAUGGUCAAAAGUAGAGAGACCUAAAAAAUGUCUUAUGCUUUAAAUCGUAAACAAGAAAAAGAACACUAGUUACAUUUUGUUGAUUAUACAUAUAUUAUACAUAUGUUGCCUGCAGUUCAGCCAAAAAGUUUGUACAUUUUUGUCACAAGACUGUUAGUCACAGUUGGGUCACUAAUGCCUUCAUGGUUGUAUCAAGGAGCACAGAAUGUUAUGUUUAUUUUUUGCAGAAAAAAAUAAUUAAAUUUCGAUGAAAUAUGAUGAUUUCGCGGACAGAUUUGGUUAUCUUUCCUGAUGGGACCACACGUCAGACAUGAUUACUUGAAGGAUCAAUGGAACAUUGAAAUCUGACAAUUCUUUCUGUUUUUGUUUUGGUUUUUUUUACAGUUUUGUGCUCUGAUGAAUUACAUAAGUUGGGCUUUUUUUCAUUUUGAUUUUCUUAGAUAACAGGCCUUUCAAACCUAGCAGCAUUUUUUGGGGUUCAGAGGAUCAACAGAGCCAGCUGUGCAGCCAAAAACAGACUAAGUGUUGUUUAUAGUGUCUGCAAAUGGUGGUGGUGAACUCAACACUUAAAUGCAGGAUUAGAAAAAUAUAAUAUCAUUCUAAUUGAAAUAAUGAUAAUGGAUGAGGAAGAGACAAUUCCAUUGUAGUUUGAUAUAAAUCCACUGGAUGUCUGAUCCCAGUGUCACCAAGAUGUUGAGGCAGUCCUGCAGCUAUGUAUCAAGUCUCAAAAAUCUUGCUAUAAUGUGUUUUCUACUUGCAGGCUUCUUGUGUAAUCAACAAACAUGUACUGUUUAAAUCUGUCACCUUCAGUCUAUUUAGCUGUCUAACAAGCGUUGCAUUCUUUACAUGUCUACAGGGUGUUGGUUCAACCUAUUACAUAUCAGUGAAUCAUCAAGGAAAUAAAAAUCUCCUUACUUUCUUAACAUGACAAGGUCUCUGAUUUACU